CUCUGCACAACUUCAAGUUUUUGCUACAGACGACACAGAUCAGCCUCACUCACUCUUCAUCGGAACACUAACCUCAUAUUUCGCGACCGAUCGAAGUCGCGUGAGCCCUGCCUGUGCGCCAUCCCCGCAGGGUUGAACGUUUCUCCCCCAUGGGCGGGCAAGCCGUACAAAGACAAUACGGACCACCAGUGAUGGCGCGGGACCACAACAGUGGGGUCGGCUUCGGAAGGCGGCAAAGCGAAGUUGGAGUUUCGGCGGAUAAUCGCUUUUGUCGGCUGCGUUGUUGCAGUCACUAGCCGAAACGAAGCUAUGCAGCUCGUGGACAAGACCCGGGGAAUUUUUGAAUAUCUACUUCUACUACCUCCCCCCGCCGCCUCUUCCCUCUUUUUCUUUUCUGUCUCUUCCUUUCUCCAGUUUUGGUACUCAAUUCACAUUUUGGCCAGGCUGAUCGACAAUCAUGUCGCGGCCUUUCCCUGCGGUCCCAGCCGUGUUCCGCCCCGUAUGGCGGCGGAAUUUCUCCGCCUCCACCUCGCAAAGAGCGAUUAACAAGAUCUGUCCCUCGGCUCAGGAAGCCAUCAAGGAAAUGAAGGGUGCCUCUACUGUUCUGGUCGGAGGUUUCGGUUUCUCCGGUGUCCCCAACACAUUGAUCGAUGCGGUGCGCGAUCGCCCGGAUAUCAAGGAUUUGACUGUCGUCUCUAACAAUGCUGGCAUGCCUGGUCGUGGUCUUGGUCAAUUGCUUGAGUCCAAGCAAAUUUCCAAGAUGAUUGCUUCUUUCAUUGGUGAAAACAAGGUCUUCGAGAAAAUGUACUUGAGUGGUGAUCUUGAAUUGGAAUUGACUCCCCAGGGCACUAUCGCAGAGAAGUGCGCUGCUGGUGCUUCUGGUGUCCCUGCUUUCUAUACCCCCGCUGCUUAUGGAACAAUCGUACAAACCGGUGAACUCCCCGUGCGCUACAACAAGGAUGGCACUGUGGCCCUCACGUCCAAGCCCAAGGAAACCCGCGAAUUCAACGGCAAGCAAUACCUCCUGGAAGAAUCGAUUUUUGGCGACUACGCCCUGGUCAAGGUCCACAAGGCCGACAAGCUGGGCAACUGCCAGUUCCGCAAGGCGAUGAACAACUUCAACGAGGCCAUGGCCAAGAACGCCAAGUACACCAUCGUCGAGGCCGAUGAGAUUGUCGAGGUUGGCGAGAUCGCUCCCGAGAACAUCCACAUCCAGAGCAUCUACGUCAACAAGGUCAUCCAGAGCACCGGCGAGAAGCAGAUCGAGAAGCUCACCUUCGCCAAGGACCCCAGCGAGUUGCUCCAGGCCGGUGACAGCGAGGCGACCGCCCGCCGCGAGCGCAUCGUCAAGCGUGCCGCCAAGGAGUUCCGCGAUGGCAUGUACGUCAACCUCGGUAUUGGAAUGCCCCUGAUUGCCCCGGCCUACCUGCCCGAGGGUGUGGAGGUCGUCCUCCAGGCCGAGAACGGUAUCCUGGGUCUGGGCGGCUACCCCCAGCCCGGUCAGGAGGACCCCGACUUGAUCAACCCCGGCAAGGAGACUGUCACCCUGGACAACGGUGCUUCCCUGUUUGGAUCCCACGAGAGUUUCGGUAUGAUUCGCGCUGGUCGCAUUGACUUGACUAUGCUCGGUGCUCUGCAGGUCAGCCAGUACGGAGAUCUGGCCAACUUCAUGCUCCCCGGUAAGGUCAAGGGUGUUGGUGGUGCCAUGGACUUGGUGGCCAACCCCGAGAAGACCAAGGUCGUCGUUACUAUGGAACACACCGACAAGAAGGGUAACCCCAAGAUUCUGUCCGAGUGCACUUUCCCCCUCACCGGCCCCCGCUGUGUGUGGAAGAUCAUCACCGACUUGGCCGUCUUCGAGGUCAGCCCCACCGAGGGUUUGACUCUCGUUGAGCACGCCGAGGGCGUGACCGUCGAGGAGAUCCGCAGCAAGACUGCUGCUCCUUUCAAGGUUGCCGAUGAUCUGAAGCCCAUGCUGUAAAACAUUAUACCUCCAUCCCAAAACUUGAUAUCAGAGCCCACAACCAAACCACCUUUUGGUUGCGUAUCUUAUAGAGAAACAAACCAUGUAUAUAAUGUGAGAAUGAC